AAAUAAAAUAUUAUUCAUUUAAUUUAAUAUUAUUAAAUAAUCUUUCUUUCAUGAUUAUUAAAUACAUUAUUCGUAAUGUCACUGGUAUGGACGCUCGUGUUUGGAUUUUGGUUGGUGGGAAAAUGCAGUUUACAAGACUUUCCACCCAACUUUAAAUUUGGCGCCGCUUCGGCUGCAUACCAAAUUGAGGGCGCGUGGAAUGUAGAUGGCAAGGGUGAAAGUAUUUGGGAUAGAUUGUUACACAAUCACCCAGAAACGAUAUCUGAUAGGUCUAAUGGUGAUGUUGCUUCAAACACCUAUAAUUUAUGGCGUGAAGACAUAAAGCUGGCUGCAGAGCUACGUCUAGAUUAUUACAGAUUUUCAAUAUCAUGGCCGCGAAUCAUGCCGACUGGCCUUCCAAAUAACAUAAGUGAAGCCGGAUUAAAACAUUACGAUGACUUUAUUGAUGAAUUAUUGUUCUAUAGCAUUGAACCCGUUGUAACCAUAUACCAUUGGGACUUGCCUGUUAAGUUACAGGAUUUGGGAGGCUGGACCAACCCUCUCAUAGUAGACUGGUUUGAGAGCUAUGCAGACAUUCUUUUCCGUAACUAUGGCAACAGGGUUAAAACGUGGAUAACAAUUAAUGAGCCUAUCGUGAUAUGCGACUUCAACUACAACUCAGGUGCUUUCGCUCCAGAUAUUCAGGAGCAGGAAUUGGCUCCAUAUAUUUGCAAUAAAAACGUUUUAAUGGCACAUGCCAAGGCUUAUAGACUGUAUCAGAGGGAAUACAGGGAAAAAUAUAAUGGUAAACUUUCACUAGCUAACAAUGUUCUCUGGAUAGAUUCGAAGGAAUCACCACGCGAUGAUGAGUUACGAGACCUUGGAAGGGAACACAUGAUUGGUAGAUAUUCACACCCAAUAUUCAGUCGAGAAGGUGGAUGGCCUCCAAGCAUCGAGAAACUAAUGUUAAGAGUUAGUUUGAAGCAAGGAUACAACGAAUCUCGACUUCCUUCUUUCACUGAACAGGAGAAGGCUUUUGUAAAAGGCACAGCAGACUUCUACGGCAUGAACUAUUACUCAAGCCGGCUCAUCAGGCAAGCGUUACCAGGAGAAAGGGGCUAUUGGUUUUCGAAUGGGUCGCCUGAGCUUGACGCUAUGUUGGAACUGCCACCAGGAGCGAAACACACCUCUAUUGAUAUGCUACCGAUGUUCCCAGAAGGUCUAGGAAAGAUGUUAUUAUACUUAAAGAAUACUUAUGGUAACGUAGACUUUCUGAUCACAGAAAAUGGUUACCCUGGGUGGCAAAGUAUCAAUGAUAUCGAGAGGGUCCAAAGUAUUAGGGCUCAUUUAGAACACGUAUUGCUAGCUAUAAAGCAUAAUGUGAGCGUCAUCGGUUAUACCUACUGGUCGCUGCUGGACAGCUUCGAAUGGAUUUCAGGUUACGAAUCGACCUUUGGCCUUUACAGUGUGGACUUCGCUGACCCAAAACGCCGGAGAAAGCCGCGGCUUUCAGCAAAGUACUACGCGUGUAUUAUUAACAGCCAUUCUCUUAAUAUAAGUCAUGAAUGUACAAAAAAUAUGGAUCUUAUAGGUUAUAACGCGAAUCGUGGUCACAGAAAUUCGUUCAUAGAUUAUUUAUUGAUUGUCUCACUUGUAAGGUUAUUAAAUCAUUAAUAUAAAAUAGGUGUUUAUAUCCCUUACUUGUAAGUUGAAAUCAUAUUUGAGUUAUCUUUUGCUAUAGAUAAAUUAAAAAUGCCAUAACUUCUCUUUCUGCACCUACUCUUGAGUUGGAAACUAGGUACUUCACAAUACUUUGAAUUCCUUUGAUUUCCCGCCAAACAACGUCAAACAGACAGACUACAAAAGAACUGUAAUAAAUUGUUUUUUUUAGUUAUUCUCAAUUCCAAAGGAUAUGUUCUUUUAGCAUAUGCAGUCGUAUUACCUAACGUUUUAUUAAAUACGUAAUUCAUAAUUUUAUUUGGUCACACUCGCUCGCACCCUUUCAAUUGGGUAAGUAUACAAUAAAAAAAUAAAUAAAAAUAUUAAUAAAACUUUAUUUCUUAAAAGAUUUCUCUAAUUGCAAUAAAGACUGGUUCUUUCCCUUUCUUUUU